AUGUUUAAUACAAAGAUUUUUGACGGUGGCUCAAGCACAGGGUCUGCUACAGCAACAGCAGUUAAUAUUCCCCUAAAUAACAAUUCAUCCGAAUCAGGAUCAAGUACAUCAUUUGGUCAGCAGCAGCAGCAACAACAACAGCAACAGCAACAACAGCACAAUAACGACCAGCCGCAACCAAUAGAUAUCACAUUUAAUCAUCGGCCAUCUAUCUUCAACAAUUCCAGAUUUAGAAGGGAAUCAGUAGCGCAUUCGCAAGGUAUGGGUGGUAUUUCAUGGGGAUCUGUCACAAUAGGAUCAUGGUUGAAAGAUGAAGUAAUGUCGGUUAACAUAGGUACAGGACUGAACAAUUUUCUAAACCCUCACAGUAAUCAACAUCACCAUAAUCAACAACAACUGAACCAUCAUAAUUUUCAACUGUCACAUAGUAAUCAUCAAAACUUGAUUAAUCCACGCAGAGGGUCCUUCCGUACCGCUUUCCACCCUAGCAUGUCACCGCAACAACAAACAUCCUAUUUACCAGACUUGGAAGCUGACUAUUGUAAGGACUACAACUGUUGUGGCGAAUUGUUACCAACAUUGCAUGACUUAUUAAGACAUUAUGAAGAGGCUCAUAUACUGGCGUCACCACCAGUAGACACUACUCAGCAUUUGCUAAACAAUAACCGCAAUCGUAACAAUUACAACAACAUACAUAAUGUCAUGGAGACAGUAUCAACAACUGACGUUUUCCUCAAUAAUCAUCAUAAUCCAGGAGUCGAUGUAACUAAAGGAUAUGAUGGUGGCAAUUAUCAAUUUAAUAGCAAUACAGACUCACAUCUUCACCAAAAUCAACAACAACAACAUCAACAACAACAACAACAACAACAACUAGACCAACAACAACAACAACUAAAUCUACAGCAAAAUCACCAGCAAUCACAACUGCAAUUUGCUAAUGGUCAAUUUACAAAUCAACAAUCUCCACUUAGUCCAUCACAAGGAGAAGGUACACCCAUGCAAACCGAUGACGAUGAUAUUUAUAUCGAUGAUCCAGCACGUCAUUUAUACGUAAUGGAAAAUGAAGAAAAUAAACCUUUCAAAUGUCCGGUUAUUGGAUGUGAUAAGACAUACAAGAAUCAAAAUGGGUUGAAAUAUCAUCGUGCCCAUGGCCAUCAAGGACAAAGUUUACGCGAGAACCCUGAUGGUACGAUAUCUAUUAUUGACCCCGAUUCAAAUAGUCCUUAUUUGGAUAAUUCAGCAUUGGAAAAGGAUAAACCUUACCGUUGUGAAGUUUGUGGAAAAAGGUAUAAGAAUCUUAAUGGGUUGAAGUAUCAUCGUGGUCAUACCACACAUUAA